GUUGACUGCGGGCAUGAAGUACACCAAGUUUACGCACGAGAUGGACGUCUUCCUCCUCGAGAGCCUCCAGGUGAGCAACCCGAUGCUGGCGCCGCAUGGGUCGCGCCUCGCCGCGUGGAAGGAGCUCGCGCAGACGCUUGGCACGCGCGUCUGCAACAACGAGGCCGCGUGCACGUGGCAGAUCUGCCGGGACCGCGCCAAGGCCCUUCUGCAUAUGCACGAGCACGGGCAGGAGAAGAAGCUCUUCAAGAACAGCGCGUCGCACCACGACCUGAAGCGCAAGGAAGCGCUCAUCGUCGCGCUGCGCGAGACGCUGCCAGAGAAACGGGCCAGUGCGAUCCUCAAGAAGGACAAGCCCGCAGGCGUCAAGAAGAAGAUGGCGCCGCUCUCAGCGCCGGCACGGGUCGCGUCGUCGUCGCUGCAGCCGCUGCGACCGCUGCUCAAGCAAGAGAACACAUCGCCCAACCCAGCGCCAGUGCUGGUGCCAACUCCGACGGCGCUCAAAGCACCCAUAAGUCGCAAGCGCAAGGAGAUGCAUGUCGAGCCCGACGUCGACGCCCGGCUGCGCGUCCUCACGACCGCGGUCGAGACCAAGAUUCGAGACGACAUGGAGACGCGGGCGACAGAUCUGCGCCUGCGGCAGCAGGAGCUUGAGAUGCACCAGCAGAUUCUGCGGUAUCUCGAGACCAACAUGCCCGCCGGCGCGGUGCCCGAGAAGCUCGUCGAUCUCAUCGAGCGCAAGAUGAGCUUUGACAUGGAGCACCGGAAGCGCGACCUCGAGCUGCGCCAAGCCGAGAUCAUCUUCCAGAACCAGCUUCUGCGCUACCUCACGCAUGGCGGCGGCGAGUAGCCCAUAGCACCCUCCCUUUGUUGUUGCAUGCCUCCUCUAUCUAUGACAUGUUCUCUGUCUACCUCGCUUGCAUAUUGAUGCUAUCUUCCUGAGGUUGACGUAGUACAUAUAUGAGGUGGAUC